UGCUUCAUCUCAAAACCCUUCUCCAUUUUUUACCGCUCCUCUUUUUCCAACUCUAGAGACCAAAGCUAUGCAGUCACUCUGUAAAAUUAAACUCUCACCUCGAGGUUUUCACUUCCACAAUUCUUUACGUUGUUUAACCCACCAUGCAUCCCCUCAACCAUGCAAAAACUUCGAAUCUAAAACCCUAGCUUCCCCUCCUGAAUACUUGUUAAAGCAAACAAGAUGCAAAUCAUAUCGACCUCUUUACGCAUCACCAAUCGGCUCUGCUUUCAAUCCAUACGCAUAUGGUGGCUACACCGCGAUGGGCUUAACCGAAAACAAGUCACCAACAUUUUUGUCUACGGGCAAUCCUUGUCUCGAUUUCUUCUUCCAUGUGGUUCCCAAUACGCCGCCUAGUAGUAUUGUUGAACGUCUCGAGUCGGCAUGGGCUAGUGAUCCACUCACGACUCUGAAGCUUAUUUGCAAUCUUCGCGGUGUUAAGGGGACGGGGAAGUCCGACAAGGAAGGGUUCUACACGGCCGCGCUUUGGCUGCAUGAGAAACAUAGCAAAAACCUAGCGGGGAAUGUGGCAGCUAUUUCCUCCUUUGGGUACCUUAAGGACAUGCUUGAGAUCCUUUUUCGGUUACUCGAAGGCGCGGAGGCCCGAGCAAGGAUUCGAGAUGAGUGGAAAAUGAAGAAUAAGGUAGGGUUACCUAAAAAGAAAAAGAAUGCACGGGGAAGGCUUAAGUAUAAAGAGGGUAAAGAGGUUCAAUAUUUGAGAUCGGCUUUGCUUUCGAGGGAAGUGAGAAUUGAGGCCAAUGACGCGAAAAUGAGAGGAGAGAGCGAGAAGGCGAGUAUUUUAAGAAAGGGGACAAGGCUAGCAAGAUUUAAGAGGCUUCGGGAGGUGUACGAGAGUGACAUGUAUUUUCGGUUCUUACAUGAGAAGAUCUCGAGUCUUUUUUCUGAGAUGCUGAAGCUUGAUAUGAAAUGUUACAAUUGGGGGAAGAAGAAUAAGAUUAGUUUGGCAGCAAAGUGGUGUCCAUCACUUGAUUCAUCCUAUGAUAAGCAUACAUUACUUUGUGGAAGUAUUGCAAAGAAGGUAUUUCCGCGUGAAUCAUACCCUGAGUAUGAAGGAAUUGAGGAUGCACAUUAUGAGUACAGAGUUAGAGACAGGUUGAGAAAAGAAGUGCUGGUCCCGCUUCGUGAGAUGCUGCAGUUGCCUGAGGUUUAUAUGAGUGCUCAGAAAUGGAGCUCGUUGGCCUACAACAGAGUUGCGUCUGUUGCCAUGAAGAAUUACACGGAUAUCUUCAUGUGGCAUGACAAAGAAAGGUUUAGCAAGUACCUUGAGGAUGUGAAAGAAGGGAAGGAAAAGAUUGCGGCUGGAGCAUUGCUUCCCCAUGACAUUAUAAGGUCUUGUUUAGACGGUGAUCAUACUGCUGGGACGGUGGCAGAGCUGCAAUGGAAGAGGUUGGUGGAUGAUAUGUUAGAGAAAGGUAAACUCUCGAAUAGUAUUGCAGUUUGUGAUGUUUCAGGAAGUAUGAUUGGAACUCCGAUGGAAGUUUCAGUUGCACUUGGGCUAUUAGUUUCGGAGCUAAGUGAAGAGCCUUGGAAGGGUCAGGUUAUCACAUUUAGUACAUACCCGCAGCUUCACUUGAUUGAGGGAAAUAGUCUCUUUGAAAAGUGUACAUUUAUUCAGAGGAUGCAGUGGAGUAUGAAUACAGAUUUUCAGAAAGUUUUUGAUGAGAUAUUGAGGGUUGCUGUUAAUGCAAAGCUGAGUGAAGAGCAAAUGAUAAAGAGGGUGUUUGUUUUUAGUGAUAUGGAGUUUGAUCAAGCAUCACUGAAUCCAUGGGAGACUGAUUACCAAGCCAUUCAAAGGAAAUUUAAAGAGAACGGAUACGAAAGAGUGCCUGAAAUUGUGUUUUGGAAUCUGAGGGACUCUUUUGCCACACCAGUGACAGCCAAACAGAAUGGGGUAGCUAUGCUUAGUGGAUUUUCGAAGAACUUGUUGACUAUCUUCUUCAAUAAAGAUGGGGAAAUCAAUCCUGAGCUCGUGAUGGAGCUUGCCAUUUCUGGUAAAGAGUAUCAGAAGCUAGUUUUGUAUGAUGACUGAGUCGGAACAAGUAUGUUUAAGCAUUAGUCUUCUUUAUGAAUUUAAUCAAUUUACUUGAAAUGAC